CCGCUGCUGCGCUGUCGAGAGCUGCAACGCUGCUGGUCGGGAGCAGAAAAAAACCUGUUCCGUUCGUCUAGGAUUAGGCAUAUUAUACCCGUGGUUAUUGACAUAUUAUACCCGUGGUUAUUGACAACAAUUGACAUAUGGAUACUAUCGACACGAUAAUAACAUCAUCGUUGACAACCUGCUUAAACAUGUACCACUCAGACCACAGAGUCAAUUUCCCUGUCCUCUCCUUCAGCAUUCCAGGCCCUGGAACUUUGGGUUUAGCAUCUAACCACUGAACCAACUCCCUGUCCGAUACCCCUCCACAUAUCAUAUACCCCCUACCCCCGCACCCACACAGCUUUUCCCCCUGCCCCCUGUCUGAACCCCUAUACCCGGGUACACCCAGGGACCAUGGACAACCCCCCCAAGCUGUCUGGCGAGACCCUGAUCGUUCACCACAUCCCCCUGGUACACUGUCAGGUGACUGGUGGGCGGCAGGGCUGUGGUGGAGGAGGGGGGUCCCUGAAGAGAUCAAACCCUUUCAGCUACCCAGAAACCCUGAGCUUGAGCCGCACCACCUCCCUUCCUGAGCAGGAUGUACUCCAGAGGGAAGCCCUGGUAUACAGCAGCCUCAUCCAGACCUCCACAGGAGGAGGAGGAGAGGGAGAGGGAGGAGGAGGAGGAGGAGGAGGAGGAGGGAGAGGAGGCAGCACGGGGAGCGAUGAUUCGUCGGUGACAUCCAGUAACUGCGAGGAGCAGGUGAUGGUGAUGGUGGCCCACACUAUGCCCAGGGUGAAGCCAAGAGAACAGGUCAACAACCCACUCCGGCUCCGUCACAACCCUUUUCUGCUCAACACGGAGGAGGAUGAUGAUGAUGAGGAGGAGGAAGAGGAGGAAGAUGAUGGUGAUAACCUGAACGGUUACUUGGAAGACUCCUCCUUUCAUCUCCAUGGCGAUACAAACUCCGCCCUGGACGAGGAGGGAGACGGGAUUGCACCCUUUCACCUCCACGACCUGGGGUCCACCACACACAAGCCCUUCCUGUUGCACAGCACCCUGGGUAAGCACUCUUGGGGCUGCUCAGGGAGGCUGGACUCCCUUAGGGGCGUGUCCUCUGAUCUCUCCACCCACCUGGAGGGCCUGGACCUGCUGGGAUUGGACAGUCCACGUCGCCACGGCAGCAGUGGCUCCACCCUCUCCAUGGACUGCGGAGAGCAGGAGUGGGGUGAGGAUGAGGAGGAGGAAGAGGAUCAUCCAAUGAGGGGUGGGGGACGGGGCAAUAGCCAAGCUGACUCCUCCUCUGGCUCUGGUGCCGCCCACCAGCGCUGCUCCUGCUGCGGCCUCUCCCAGACAUAUCUUGAACAUUUCCCGGAACCGUUUUCAGAGUCGUCGGAACGCCAGCUGGGCUACGCCAGCGACUCUUCCUGUAACAGCUCAGAUGGUGUGCUGGUUAACUUCAGCGCCAUCUAUAAUAACAUGAACAACAGCAUCCCGGCAACCUCUACCAAGCCGCCACCUCUGGCCACCACGACCACCAACCUCAACAGCUCCACCGACCAAUCUUGCACUUCCUCUGUCUGCAUCUGCUCAGUGCUGGAUGAGGAGGCAGGGAGUCGAAGAGGCUCCGGAGGUGGGGGGGCUUUCUACCUAGACCUCCACACCUCCCCCACCGAACCCCCCCACCUCCACUCUCAACAACCCCCCUGCCCCUCCAGCAACACCCUGCCGUUACUCAUCGAACCCCACUCUCACCCUCACCCCACCACCUCCUCCUGCACCUGCUCAGCUGAACACCAGGGGGCUCUAGACCUGGACUCCAACUGUAACUCCUAUCACCCCCCCCACUCCGACUCAGGAAGUGACCUCAUGUCCUGUCUGCGGAGCCAGGCGCGUCUGGUGGUAACCACCCAGAACUACUAUAAGCUGGUGACCUGUGACCUUUCUUCUCCGUCGCCCCCGAGCCCUGCGGGAAGCUCCGCAUCGGUUGCCAGCUGCUCUGACGAGCACAGCAAGGAUAGCCCUGCCCCUGACACGCCCACCGCCACCCAGCCAACCGAAUACUACCUGUUCAGGCGGCCACCGGGAGGAGAGGAGGAGGAGGAGGAAGAGGAGGAGGAGGAGGAGGAGGAGGAGGAAGAGGAGGAGGGAGGAGAGUCAUCACAGCGUGAUGAAGAUGAGGAAGAAAAUUAUGAAGACGAGCAGGACGGGAAGAAGAAGAAGCAGCAGCAGCAGAUGGGUGGAGCCUGUUCAGACCCAAUCAUUGAGGGCCAGGUGUACGUCAACAUCUCCCCUCCUGUGGUUGGCCGAGGACCCAUCGGAGGAGGGCCCAGCCGCCCCCGUUCCCGUAGCUACGACCGGAACCUGGACAUGUCCACGCCCCCUCGGCUCGGCUCAUUGGAGCGCAUGCUGAGCUGCCCUGUCCGUCUCAGUGAGGGCACCGCCCCCCUGGGCCCGUCCCCUCUGCCGCGGGUCACUUCCUUUGCAGAGAUCGCCAAGAGCAAGAGGAAAAAUGGAGGAAGCACGGGCUCUCCUUCUCUCAGGACGGGGGGAUGUUCAGAUCCCUUUUCCUCCACCCACUCGGCCCACUCCCACUCCUCGGCCGACUUCUCCCCCAUCCUGGAGGGCCUGGGUCAGGGUCCGAGCCACAGUUUGCCCUUCCAGCGCUGCUACAGCCAGGGCAGUGUGGAUCGCCACUCACCUGGUGGUGGCGUCAGAGACACACGCUCCAAGGCCGAAGGUGGUCUCUCCAGCUCUUCAUCCAGCUCAGCAGUGGUGCGUUACACUAAAGACCAACGUCCCACCACCCUCCCCAUUCAACCCUUCACCUUCCACCACCAGUUCUCCAAGCCGCCCCAGCCCCUGCUUCCCUUGCUGACAGGCUACGUCUCUGGGAUGCAGGCCCGGGGUGGAGGGCCUUCUGGAGGUCCGGAGGGGGGUGAAGGCGCCAACGACCCAGGGGAAGACUCGAUGCGUUGGUGCCAGGGUAGUGGUGGUGAUGGGAUGGUGUCAGCAGUGGCUACCCUCGGUCCUGGCUCGGUCCGGCCCUCGCCACUGGGUAGCUAUUCCCCGGUCCGCCUCCAGGGAGCGACAUCCAGCUCAGGGACCUGUUCUACCUGUACCCCCAGCCCCCAGCCAACCCGUAGCCUCUCCUGCCCCCUCUCCACCGGGCUCCUGCCCCUUCACCAUACCCCUUCACCAGCGGCAGCUGCCCCUCUGCCACCCACACCUCCGCCCCCAACAUUGGGGGUGAAGCGGGGUGCGGUGCCCCCCAUGUUGCCUCCGGUGCAGGGCCAGGUGCAGGGUCACCACCACCACCACCGUGGGACCCUGCCCACUUUACCGGCCGUUCCCCAGGACAGUGAGACUUCGCUGGGAUACGAGGAGACGACAUUAGACUCCCUGGAGGGGAGCAGAGGACCAGGGCCCAGGACACAACAUGGGCACCACCUCUCUCCACAGACUCUGAAAUGGAGGGAGUAUCGUCGACAGAACCCGUUAGGGGUGGAGAGGUGUUCCUUGGGGGGCUCUGCAGGGUCAGGCGAUCCGCCUCUAUCAGGUAGUCUGGACGGGAACGGUCGUAGGGGCGGGGCCGUUGGUCAGCGAAUCACACGACGGAACGUGUUUGACUUCCCUCCGGCCUCUAGUGGCCACACCCCCCUGGGACGACUCAAUGGCCAGUCUGUGAAGCAGCUGCAGCAGUACUACAGUGACUUCCUGCCAGACUACUUUUCCCUGACCGAGCGUCCUCCAGAAGAGUUCUGUCUCUCUCCGGAUGCCUCCUCUUCCUCGUCAUCCUCCUCUUCCUCACAGUCCCACAUCGCUGUGGACCUGCAGCAGAAGAGAGGUUUAGUCAAAGCCAUCAAUACAGCGGUAGAUUUAAUCGUAGCUCAUUUUGGCACCAGUCGGGACCCUGAUGUGAAGGCGAAGCUCGGUAACAGUUGGGUGAGUCCCAACGUGGGCCACCUGAUCCUUAAGUACCUGUGUCCGGCUCUAAGGGAGGUGCUGGGGGAUGGGCUGAAGGCCUACGUCCUGGACCUGAUCAUCGGACAGAUACGCAACCAGCCCUGGAGCCUGGUAGAGGCCUCCACACAACUAGGCCCAUCCACCCGUGUUCUCCACAGCCUGUUCUCCAAAGUGUCCCAGUACUCAGAGUUCACCAGCCACAGUAUGAGACUCAACGCAUUCAUCUUCGGACUGCUCAACUUGCGAUCUUUGGAGUUUUGGUUCAAUCACCUCUACACUCAUGAAGACAUCGUAGCGACCCACUACCACCCGUGGGGUUUCCUGCCGUUGUCCCAGGGGCCCUGCCAGCCUCUAUUCGAGGAGUUCCUUCUCCUCCUGCAGCCUCUAUCCCUGUUGCCCUUUGACCUUGACCUGCUCUUUGAGCCCCGAUUGGUCCAGAAGGGCCAGGAACACCGUAGACGCAAGGAGCAGCUCUGCUCCGCCUCCACCGGCGAGGACCUGGACCAAUCAUCACGCUCCACCUUCCAGCUCAUGAGGGGGUGGAGCACAGAGUCACGGAGGGCGGAGUCUAUGAGAGAUAAAAGGGAAGGGAGCGGGGCGGGGAAGAGAGAGAGGCUGGGUCUGAGACGAGAGGGAACAUGGCCUAGGAUGGAAGGGGUUGGAGAGAGAGGGAGUAGAGAAGGUAUGAUGCAGAGGACAGGGUCUAGAAGAGAAGGGGUUGGAGAGAGAGGGAGUAGAGAAGGUAUGAUGCAGAGGUCAGGGUCUAGAAGAGAAGGGGUUGGAGAGAGAGGGAGUAGAGAAGGUAUGAUGCAGAGGACAGGGUCUCGGAGAGAAGGGGCGGGGAUGGAUCGUUUAGGAGCAGAACUUUUAGAAGCACAGCCAAUGACGACGGAAGUAGGGACAGGGUUUGCCAAUCUGUGGAGGGAGAGUGGGAGGGGGAGGGGCAUAGAAAGUGGGGGAGGGGAGGAGGAGAGGAGGAAGGAGAGAGAGAGGGUUUGGGCGGAGGAGGGUCGUCAGCGGCAGGAGCGUGAUCGCCAGGCGUGCUGGUGGUACCAGCUCAUGCAGAGUUCCCAGGUCUACAUCGACCAAUCAGCUCAGGGGGGCUCAAAGUUUGUCAAGACUGAGAAGAGGAAGAAGUCUGCGGAGAGGCGGAGCCAGCUCCCGCCCCCCAGGGAAGGCGUGGUGGAAGGGGCGGAGUCUAGCCAGGAUGAGGAGGGUCUCAGAGAGAGAGGGAGAAGCAGGAAGAGCAGCUCCAGCUCCAGUGGUGAGUGGACGGGGUCCAGGGGAAGAGGAAGACUCUCCUGGAUGGGGAGUCCCCCAGAGUCGCUGCUCACCCAGGACAAGGAGAACGAGAUGGAACUGGGGGCCCCAGUGACAGGAGCACCAGAGGCCUCAGUGGCCCAGCCAGCGGCCCAGGCUGAGUGUCCCUCCCAGGGCCAGGGCAUGCGUUGGGGUAGGCUGUUUGGGUCCAGCAUAGGAGGUGGUGGCACCCCCUCCAGGCCAGAGCAGAGAUCAGCCAAAAGUCAGAGCAGGCUGCCGUCCGGCUGGCUGACAGGUCUGGACAUGUCCGUGCUGGACCUCGUAGCUCAGACGGUGGGGGUGGGGACAGGUAAGAGGGUAGAGCCUUCAGCUCCUAUGGCCCCUCCCACUCUGAACCAACCCUCUCCACCUCUUCAGACAGCACAGGAGAGCCACACCAAACAACCCUGUGAAGUACGAGCCCUGUGCCACCACAUAGCCACGGAGCCUGACCAGCUGAGUUUCCAGAAAGGGGACGUACUGAGGGUCCUGAGCCGAGCCGACUCCGACUGGCUCCUCUGCUCCCUGGGGGCCCAGCGGGGCCUGGUGCCUUUCAUCUAUGUUACCCUGAGGGGCAUGGAGGACAGCCAGGUGCCCCAAUGGCCUCAGGGACCACACUGACCUGACAGACUCAACUAGGGUUCCAAAAUUCUGUUUUUUCAGAAAUCACUGUUGGGAGAUUCCUGGAAACAAGAGGUAAUAAGGAGGAAAUCUGUGAUUCCUCCAACCGGGAUUUCUGGUAAACCUAGGGAUUUUGGGAAAGUUAGUCUGAACCGAGGGGCCACCGAUUUUGCAACCCUAGCCCGAACCGAGGGGCAACAUUAAGGAAGGGAGAGUGGGGAAAGGAGGAAAGGACUCAGAGGACCAAAUAUGGACACACAGUAUAUAUUCACUGGGUGGAUACAAGACGAUGGAUACUCAUGAUGCUGAUAUGACUGAUAUGACUGGUUUAAAGUGUAAUUAUUGUACUGUGGGAUGAAACACAGACGGAUACACACACACAAACACACAGAUGUAAACAUGCAUGUAUGUACAUAUACAUAUACAUAUACACACAGGCACGAACAAACAGACUUCUCUACGCAUGCAUCUACACUAAACUCAUGCAUGCAUACAUUCAGACUAUACUCACACACACACACACACACACACACAUACCAAAACAAACCAAAACAAACUGUAUGGGAAUACCAAACAGAGACACAUGGCUAGCUACAGAGACUGCCUUAGCUCAGCCGAUAUAUAUAUAUACCACACCUAGCUGUGCUUUACUUUACCAUGCCCUAGAAAUAUAUCAAUCACCUAGCUGUGCCACACUUUGAAUGCAGAUGCUAAUGCUAAAUGCUAGUGUAAAUGCUAGUGCUAGUCCUUGUCCUAGUGCUAAAUACAAGUGCUAGUGCUAAAGCUAAUGCUAGUGCUAAUGCUAAUAGAAAACUUCAGGAGACUGGUUAAAGGACUUGUCAUUAAAUGUAUCCACACUGACAUCAUGCUACUUGAUUUACUUAAUUAGCCCAGAGUACCCCUGCUUUGUAGUAGGAUGCUAGUAUGAAAAGUAGUGUUGUUACAAAACAGAAAAGAGGGAAAAAAAGACAAUAUUGUUUGCGUGAUUUAUCUCUGGGUGUGUCUUCUGACAGCUGUCGUCGUUUCUCUGUGUGAGCUAAAUACAAAUGGACAGACAGAAAACCCGGUUUGAACUGGCUUCAUUAAUUCCUCGUCAUCUGCAAAUUCCUGAUACUCAUCAUCUUGGUAACACAAUGAUUUUGGAUGGACUUAUGAACCUGACUGAUUGGACAAAGCCAACAACAUCCUCUGGUUCCUCCCUUCACUUCCUGUUUGUUUUGGUGGAUGGGAUGAACUGACCUAUCACUGCAGGUGUUGGGAAGGAAAAGGGUGGAGCCAGGCCUAGUGCAUGUAACCUAGCAACAAACUGACAACGUUUUUGUGUCUUUUCAACUCUUCUUCACCUCUGUUAGAACCCCAAAACCAUAGCUCCUCCCACCUGCUCCACCCCUCUCUCCUUUAUCCAAUAAAACUGCACAGCUUUCAGGAGGAUACUGUACCUCUGGUACAGAGAAAACGAAGAUGUUCAAGAGGCUAUGAGCUGUAUGUGUCUAUAUAUAUAUAUCCAGUCUGUAAAUGUAUAUACGACUUACUUAUUUAUUGAUUAACGACUAAUGACGAUAUCAUUUAUUAUUGUUGAGGAAAACCGUGUAGUAGAGGUGGAUAAAGAAGGAAGGAUGUCGAAUGAAAGCAACACAUGGCUUUGGAGGUCUGUUCAGGUGCUUUGGUGAAUUUUUCUGAACGUGUUGGGGAGAAGGCUGUACAAACCAAUGGAGAGCCAGCUCCACCCCAACCUCCCUAUUCUAAAACGCUCUAAAAGUGGGCUUUUCUAAAAAUAUAAUAGAAGUACACUGAAUGUUUUCAUUUCAAGCAAAAAUAUAUAUACUUCAAAUGAUUCUGAUUGGUUGUAUGUAAUUGAGAAAGAGAGUAUUGUUUAUUGCAUAUGCCGUAAAGUGCUUGAGAAAGAACCACGGGAGAGCUGAUAUGCUGGACGUAUUUAGCCAUGACCAUGCCUAUGGUCCCUACAUGAUGUUUUAUAUACGCGACGGUACGUCCAACCAGCCACUUUCCCUGGGUUUCAGUCCUGAGAGCUCUCAGGUUAUCUGGUGGGAAAUAUUUUUGAGGAUAGGAGGCAUUUUAGAAGAAACCCCAAUGCAUUUAGUGGAUUCAGAUGUUUCAAAUGUUGCCUUAGGUUCAGAUUGAGCUGUACUGGUAAACUAGGUUCAGAUUGAGCUGUACAGGUACACUAGGUUCAGAUUGAGCUGUACUGGUAAACUAGGUUCAGAUUGAGCUGUACUGGUAAACUAGGUUCAGAUUGAGUUGUUCAGGUAAACUAGGUUCAGAUUGAGCUGUACUGGUAAACUAGGUUCAGAUUGAGCUGUACUGGUAAACUAGGUUCAGAUUGAGCUGUACUGGUAAACUAGGUUCAGAUUGAGCUGUACUGGUAAACUAGGUUCAGAUUGAGCUGUACAGGUAAACUAGGUUCAGAUUGAGCUGUACUGGUAAACUAGGUUCAGAUUGAGUUGUACUGGUAAACUAGGUUCAGAUUGAGCUGUACUGGUAAACUAGGUUCAGAUUGAGCUGUACUGGUAAACUAGGUUCAGAUUGAGCUGUACAGGUAAACUAGGUUCAGAUUGAGCUGUACAGGUAAACUAGGUUCAGAUUGAGCUGUACUGGUAAACUAGGUUCAGAUUGAGCUGUACUGGUAAACUAGGUUCAGAUUGAGCUGUACUGGUAAACUAGGUUCAGAUUGAGCUGUACUGGUAAACUAGGUUCAGAUUGAGCUGUACAGGUAAACUAGGUUCAGAUUGAGCUGUACUGGUAAACUAGGUUCAGAUUGAGCUGUACUGGUAAACUAGGUUCAGAUUGAGCUGUACUGGUAAACUAGGUUCAGAUUGAGCUGUACAGGUAAACUAGGUUCAGAUUGAGCUGUACUGGUAAACUAGGUUCAGAUUGAGCUGUACUGGUAAACUAGGUUCAGAUUGAGCUGUACUGGUAAACUAGGUUCAGAUUGAGCUGUACAGGUAAACUAGGUUCAGAUUGAGCUGUACUGGUAAACUAGGUUCAGAUUGAGCUGUACUGGUAAACUAGGUUCAGAUUGAGCUGUACUGGUAAACUAGGUUCAGAUUGAGCUGUACUGGUAAACUAGGUUCAGAUUGAGUUGUUCAGGUAAACUAGGUUCAGAUUGAGCUGUACAGGUAAACUAGGUUCAGAUUGAGUUGUUCAGGUAAACUAGGUUCAGAUUGAGUUGUUCAGGUAAACUAGGUUCAGAUUGAGUUGUUCAGGUAAACUAGGUUCAGAUUGAGCUGUACUGGUAAACUAGGUUCAGAUUGAGCUGUACUGGUAAACUAGGUUCAGAUUGAGCUGUACAGGUAAACUAGGUUCAGAUUGAGCUGUACUGGUAAACUAGGUUCAGAUUGAGCUGUACUGGUAAACUAGGUUCAGAUUGAGCUGUACAGGUAAACUAGGUUCAGAUUGAGUUGUUCAGGUAAACUAGGUUCAGAUUGAGUUGUUCAGGUAAACUAGGUUCAGAUUGAGUUGUUCAGGUAAACUAGGUUCAGAUUGAGCUGUACUGGUAAACUAGGUUCAGAUUGAGCUGUACUGGUAAACUAGGUUCAGAUUGAGCUGUACUGGUAAACUAGAGCUGGUAAAAAAGGAUUAAACCCUAAUAUAAUGUCAAAACAUUGUGGUUUAAGUCCUAGAUUAGGGUUUGUAGAGCCUAAAUAAUUCACAAUGAAAUUAUGUAAAUUAACAUAAAAAAUGAUAGGUAAGAAAAACCUAAUAUUGCCAGGACGAAUCCACGAGGACAAGGGUUAGGUUCAAUCAGAUAAGAGUUAACCUAGCUUGUAGAUAAAGGUGUAUUAUUACUCUUAAAAAAGUAUUUGUAAAAAUGUAUUUAGUUCUUUUAUUUUGUUGUACAGUUAUAUUUUUUUAUAUAUUUUUUUUCUUAUUUUAAUUUUAUUUUACAUAAAUGAUUUAAAUAUUUUGUUAUCUCUAAAUUAAAUAUAUUUAAAAUCUUCAAUAAUUAAUUUUGAAAGAUAGGGGUUGAAAUAUGGAUGGUAACAGCUGUACUUUAAGACAUUAUUGCGUUAAUAACAAGCUUUUUAAAAUGUGAGUUCGUAUCAUGUUAUGGGCAAAGGACAUAACAUAUCAUAUUAUGUUAAAUGCCAGUUAUGGGGAUAAAUACCUGCCCAAAUUAUUAUGAAUAUAACCAUAUAUUUGUUCUUGUGUUUUGGCACAUAUCCAUCUUCAUAACUUGAGGAAAGAUGUCAGUUGUGCAGAAAAUUAGCAGGAAAUGUGCAGAAAAUGCAAGAUAUGCAGAUGAGGAUGAGGGUUUUGUUAGUCUUCCAGGUACAGUUUGCUAUUCAUUGACAUCCUCCUGCAGGGUCAUACUACGGGACAGACAGUAUUGUACUGUAGUAGAGGUCUUAGUGAUGGAUAGAGCAGGGGGGGAGAGAGAGAGAGAAAAGAUACAGUGACAUUUGUAAAACGGUGCAGAUGGAUUUUACCCCUCCUUCAUAAUUAGAAGUGUUUCAUUUAUUGUUAUAUUAUUUAAUCUUUAUAAUAGCUAGCGACCUCCUGUGGCCAAAAUACGGUACUGGUUCUGGUCUUGCCUCUACUUGGGAGUGAUAGGCAGAAUUAGAAAGAAGCUAAUGUAUCUCUCUCUCUCUCUCUCUGUCUCUCCUGUUCCUCUCGUCCAUGUUCCGAUAGAAGUAAACUGUUCCUCAUUCUGUAUUCUGUAUCACCGUGGCACCACUACUGUUCUCCGUGCCCAUAUGACGUGUGUAACACGUCCGUUGUCCAUGCUAUAUCAACGUGCUAUGGAUGUUAAUAACAAAGUGCUCAUGUGAUCAUA